UGGAUAGUUAGAACUGGAAAGAAAUAGACGAUUUAAGGAGGAGACAAAGCCGCCUCGGAGCCUAUCAGGUGUCAGUUACCAUGGCGAUGAUAGCAAGCAUGUCGUGGGAGGGGAACACGUUUCCCCCCCGGGGACCCUCCUUCUCAGAGUAUCUUGUCCUAUAGAAAAGAGACGGGGUGUGGCCUGUGUUUGCCCAAAUCUUUCUGGGAAUGUGCAUGCGCACACACACACACACACACACACACCAGUCACACUCACAACUGCUUCCUGUUAUUUCAAGUGGUUCGGUCUUCCCUCGCACCAGGUGGAACCAGCAACUCAACUCAAUGAUUUAGGGGAGGUUAAAGGGCUGGGACGUGUGGUGUGUCCUGUGUCAGCGGCUAUGGGGGGAUGCCUCUGCUGAAAUAUACUCACCAGUAUCAGCACAGCGCAGCGCGACCAGACCGACCUGGAUCACUCAAUCACGAUGGACGCGGGGUCGAAACCCGAGCCCCCAAACACUGCUGAGAAGUAGACAGCUGAAGAGGGUGAAAACAGCAGCAUGGAGGCACUCAGGGACUCUUUUUUGCGUCUGAAUUUUCAGAUGUCAUCAUACAAGAGAGCCACGCUGGACGAGGAAGACCUUGUGGACUCCGCUGGUGACGAUGUCUACCAGUCAACACCCAUGCAGGUGACUCUUCGACAGGGCCGCGGCUUCUCGUGCUGGCCCGAGAGAACGCCAAGGGAGAGGUGGCUUCUGUUUCUGGUGUGCGUGCUGUGUGGGGGCCUGUUUGUUUCGCUCAUCACAACUGCCGUCUUCUACAGGCAGACACAUCCAGGCAUUUGUCUGACAGAGCCGUGCAUUGCCGUGGCCAGUUCCGUUAUGUCGGCCCUGGACCGCUCCGUGGAUCCCUGCCACGACUUCUAUAACUAUGCCUGCGGGGGCUGGGUAAAGCGCAACCCCCUCCCUGAAGGCAAGUCCCGCUGGGGCCCUUUCAGCACCCUGUGGGAGCACAACAUGCUCGUGAUGAAGCAAUUAUUAGAGAACACGACGAUUAAAGGUCUGAGUCAAGCCGAGGAGAAGGCCCAACGAUACUAUCAGGCCUGUAUGAAUGAGGCAAAGAUCAAGGAGUUGGGAGCGAAGCCAUUGCAGGAACUUAUCACGCAGAUUGGAGGAUGGGCCCUGACCGGAACCUGGAACAAAGACAACUUCCAGGAAGUCCUCCGUGCGGUGUCGGCAAACUACCGCACCUCGCCGUUCUUCACUGUGUUCGUCAGUACCGACUCCAAGAACUCCUCCAGUAACAUCAUCCAGGUGGAUCAGUCCAGCCUGGGACUCCCUUCACGGGAUUACUACCUCAACAAAACAGCCAAUGAAAAGUAUCUGACCGCAUACCAGAACUUCCUGGUGGAGUUAGGGGUCCUGCUGGGGGGCUCCGAGAAGACGUCUCGCCUGCUCAUGGGGGAGAUUGUGGACUUUGAAACGGCCCUGGCCAACAUCACGGUGCCUGUGGAGGAGAGACGGGACGAGGAGCUCAUCUACCAUAAGAUGGAGGCCAAAGACCUGAAGAGUCUGGCUCCUGCAGUGGACUGGAUACCUUACCUCAACGAGGUGUUCGCUCCUGUGCCGCUCACCGAGGCAGAGCCGGUGGUCGUCUACGCCAAAGAGUACCUCCAGAAAGUGUCGGACCUCAUAACAAACACCAAUAAAAGCCUUCUCAACAACUACAUGAUCAUGAAGGUGGUAAGGAAGAUGGUGUCCAUCUUGGACCAGAGGUUUCAGGAUGUCGAGCAGCGCUUCCUAGAGGUCAUGUACGGAACUAAAAAGAGCUGCACUCCUCGCUGGAAACUGUGCGUCAGUGACACAGACAGCGGCCUGGGAUUCGCUCUGGGCGCCAUGUUCGUCAAGGCCACCUUCAACGAGGACAGCAAGGCCAUCGCCGAGAACAUGGUCGGAGACAUCAAAAGCGCGUUUGAGGACAGCCUGAAGUACGUGAGCUGGAUGGACGCUGACACAAAAAGGGCGGCUAAAGAGAAGGCGGAUGCAAUUUACAACAUGGUGGGCUAUCCAGAGUUCAUCAUGAACUCCACAAGGCUGGACAAAGUAUUCAAUGAUUUCGAGGUGGUGUCGGAUCUGUACUUCCAGAACGUCAUGCAGUACUACAACUUCUCCGCCAGGGUGACAGCCGACCAGUUGAGAAAAACUCCAAACAGAAACCAGUGGAGCAUGACCCCCCCAACUGUGAAUGCGUAUUACAACCCCACCAAGAACGAGAUGGUUUUGCCAGCGGGAAUCCUCCAAAUGCCGUUCUACAGCCGUCAUUGGCCCAAAGCUCUUAACUUUGGUGGAAUCGGGGUCGUCAUGGGCCAUGAACUGACUCACGCUUUUGAUGACCAAGGGAGGGAAUAUGACAAAGAGGGCAACCUGCGCUCUUGGUGGAAGAACUCGUCUGUGGAGGCCUUCAAGAAGCAGACGCAGUGCAUGGUGGAGCAGUACGGCAACUACAGCAUCAACCAGGAGCCCCUGAAUGGUCGACACACGCUGGGAGAGAACAUCGCCGACAACGGUGGACUCAAGGCUGCCUAUGAGGCUUAUGUGAACUGGAUCGCAAAGAAUGGUGAGGAAGCCAAGCUGCCAGCCCUGGGAAUGACUAACCACCAGCUGUUUUUUGUGGGAUUUGCACAGGUGUGGUGCUCCGUGAGGACGCCUGAGAGUUCGCACGAGGGCGUCAUCACUGACCCGCACAGCCCGUCCAGAUUCCGAGUCAUCGGGACCGUCUCCAACUCGCACGAGUUCUCCAAGCACUUUGGCUGCAAAGCGAACACUCCCAUGAACCCCAAACACAAGUGCGAGCUGUGGUAAUGCCUCGCAAUGGACGGUAGGGAGAAACGGGGAAACUGACUGUGGAGGCUCACUGGCUGGAAGAACCAAUAUGAACCACUCGAUGCCCGUCAGCCUUUGUCACAACUAAAUGUGCCUGCUUUGUGUGGAGGAUCUCCAACACGUUUUUCUUUACUUUAAAGAAAACAUAUUAUGCAUUUUUUUUUCACAAUUCAAAACAGUUCCCCAGGUGUCUUCAUCACAUGUCUGUGACAUGCUUUUGGAAAAAUACCCCAAGGAUCAAAAGUUAAAUACACUUUACACACAUUUUCUUGUCUUGCUGUAAUUAGCCCAGUUUAAGGGGUUCACCCUGCUCAUGCAAGUGAGUGACAGUAUACCCUCAUAUACUGUACUGCAGGGCCAGUGGCGAGUCUGGCUUUUGUUACCAUGACAACCAGGGAUAGCGCUAGGGGCUUCUUGCAUUCUUAUACUUGUGGGAGCAGAGUCCAGAGUGUAGGGGGAGGAAAAAAAACAAAAGUAUUUUCACUCAUGGAGGCAGCCCUUCAUACACUACACUGUGUGUAUGUGGCGCAUCAAAAACACAAAUACCCCUCCACCACCACCGCAUCGACAAAAUCGCCGAGCAAUCAAGUAUGUGCCCCUUAUCAACAGCGAACAAUAAGCUGUCCAUUUGACUAAACUCAAUGCACCUCUGCUUACCUUUUGGCUUUGACAUGAUAGCAGGGGCGUCACACCCAUGGGGUAUGUGGGUGUUUCUGCAUGGUAGUGUUUCAGGACAGUGCUUGAAAUUGGCUCUAAAAACUUCACCCUGCUUAGUUACCAUGUCAUGGACGUAAAGAUUUUGUGUGUGGUUGUUAUAUAAAUGAGCCUAACGGUGACACUUUUGAGUUUCAGAGAGUGAAGUUGCUUGAAGGUGACUCUGGAUUUUCACCCUGAUCAUGUCAUGGUUGGAGGAACUCAUGUGGGGGCGGUUAUGAUGUAAAUUAGCCCAACUGUUGCAAACAACAGACGUUUUCAGAAAUGGCAGAUAACAAAAUAUUUACUUGGUUGUUUAAUUUCACAUUUUGGUGGGCGGGCACUGCAGCGACACAACUAUUUGUAUACAAGCCAAUACAAAAGGCAAUUUUCCAUAAUAUGUCCCUUUUUUAGGACUGCUGAGCUAUAAAUAUGCUUUUUGUUUUUAGAACACUGGAGCCAUAUCUUUAAAGUUGAGGGAACAACUCUCAUGUCUUCUAAAAUGUCGUUAUUACAGAAUGUCACAUUGAAUGACACUCAUACUAAGCUGCUUUUUUGUCCCUGUCACUUUGCGCUAGGGUUUCCCAAACUUUUGGUUCCCUCCAAAGUUAACCAUAUAGCACCUAUUGCCACAACAUAGACAUUUACAUACAUGAAUAUACUACAAUAAACACAAACUAGCAAGCCCUUUGACAAGAAAUGGUGUGAUUAAUGCUCAGUAACCUAAGUGUGGGAACCUUUCUCUAUAGUGUGCUUCCUUUCACUUCUACAGUGGUGCCUUGAGAUACGAGUGACCCGAAAUACGAGCAGUCAUUCGGCCAAUACUUUUAUUUAUUUUUUCGCUUGUGAGUGUAUACUUAAGGCACUAGCGCUGCAUGGUGACAGUGAUCUCAUUUCAAGUCACUUCACAAUUAGCAGCAGUUUAGAAAAGAGUGAACAUUUCUUCUUCUUCAAAAAAAGUCUUUAACGCCACUCCCAGUUGGUUUACUGUCAAACAAAACAUAAAACCAAGAAUUACACAUUGUGUAUUUAAAACAAGCACAUAGCUUUGCCUUAAGAAAGUUAGCUUAAUGCUAACAAACAAUGCAAAACGCCAUGACAUGCUAAUAGUUAGCAACCAUAGUCAGGGUUUUAGAAGCAACGAAUAUUUGAAUACAAACAGUGGCGCAACGCGUGUAGAUAGAUAAUAUAACAAAUACUAAAGGCAUAUAUUUUUUAUCCUCUACAAAAGAUGACUAAUAUUACAGCAUCUUACUUAGUUACUUCCUGUAGUAGUACAACCCCAAUUCCAAUGAAGUUGGGACGUUGUGUUAAACAUAAAUAAAAACAGAAUACAAUGAUUUGCAAAGCAUGUUCAACCUAUAAUUAAUUGAAUAGACUACAAAGACAAGAUAUUUAAUGUUCAAACUGUUCGACGGUCCGGGGUCUCCGUUGUCGUAUUUUACAUUUCACAAUGCGCCACACAUUUUCAAUGGGAGACAGGUCUGGACUCCAGGCAGGCCAGUCUAGUACACACACUCUUUUACAACGAAGCCACGUUGUUGUAACACGUGCAGAAUGUGGUUUGGCAUUGGCAUUGCUGAAAUAAGCAGGGGCGUCCAUGAAAAAGACGUUGCUUGGAUGGCAGCAUAUGUUUCUCCAAAACCUGUAUGUACCUUUCAGCAUUAAUGGUGCCUUCACAGAUGUGUAAAUUAGCCAUGUCAUUGGCACUAACACAGCCCCAUACCAUCACAGAUGCUGGCUUUUCAACUUAGCGUCCAUAACAGUCCGGAUGGUUCUUUUCCUCUUUGGCCCGGAGGACACGACAUCCACAAUUUCCAAAAACAAUUUGAAAUGUGGACUCGUCGGACCACAGAACAAUUUUCCACUUUGCAUCAGUCCAUCUUAGAUGAGCUCGGGCCCAGAGAAGCCGGCGGCGUUUCUGGGUGUUGUUGAUAAAUGGCUUUUGCUUUGCAUAGUAGAGUUUGAAGUUGCACUUAUGGAUGUAGCGCCGAACUGUAUUUACUAACAUUCGUUUUUUGAAGUGUUCCUGAGCCCAUGUGGUGAUAUCCUUUACACAUUUAUGUCAGUUUUUGAUGCAGUGCCGCCUGAGGGAUCGAAGGUCAAGGGCAUUCAAUGUUCGUUUUCGGCCUUGCCGCUUCAAUGCAGUGAUUUCUCCAGAUUCUCUGAACCUUUUGACGAUAUUAUGGACCGUAGAUGAUGAAAUCCCUAAAUUCCUUUCAAUUGUACAUUGAGGAACAUUGUCCUUAAACUUUUCAGCUAUUUGCUCACGCACUUGUUCACAAAGAGGUGAACCUCGCCCCAUAUUUGCUUGUGAACGACUGAGCAAUUCAGGGCAGCUCCUUUUAUACCCAAUCAUGGCACCCACCAUGUGGGAUGUUGCAAACAGGUGUUUGAUGAGCAUUCCUCAACUUUCUCAGUCUUUUUUGCCACCUGUCCCAGCUUUUUUGGAAUGUGUUGCAGCCUUAAAAUUCUAAGUUAAUGAUUAUUUGCUAAAAACAAACCUUAUCAGUUUGAACAUUAAAUAUCUUGUCUUUGUCGUGUAUUCAAUUAAAUAUAGGUUGAACAUAAUUUGCAAAUCAUUGUAUUCUGUUUUUAUUUAUGUUUAACACAACGUCCCAGCUUCAUUGGAAUUGGGGUUGUAGAAAUACAUUUCCUUUUCAUUUGUGUCUGCAUGACUGUAUUAUACUGCUUCCCAGUAGCUGAGGUGGGCACACCAGAAGGAGCAGCACAAUGAAUUGGAUUGGACAAACUGUUUAAUGAUUUACAUUCGACUUAACUAUGUUAUUACUCUUUCAUGAAGUAGAAUAUUAAAGAGUGCUGGUUUUCCUCAUUAAAAAUUUUUUUUUGGGUCUAUGGUAGGCUACAACGGAAUAAUGGCAUUUCCAUUCAUAUCAGUGGGGAAAGAUUAUUUGAGAUACGGGUGUUUUGAUUUGGGAGUGUGGUCACGGAACAAAUUAAACUUGUAUCUGAAGGCACCACUGUGUUUUAUUUAUGUCACAUUUUCAUAUGACACUGAGUUGGGACCAGUGUUUUUUUUUUUUGGGCCGGUUGAAAUAUGAAAGUCCACUUAAAGAGGAUUUAAAAGCCAUAUGCAGAAUGAAUAGAAUGUCUAAUACAAAUAUUGAGUGAAAAGCUGCACUGUUCGGGAGUGGGGUAGUACAACACCGUCAGGCUGUUAUAUAUUUUAUCGGGAGAAUGUUAAGCUGAAUUUUUGUAUUUCAUGACAAAGCCAAUUUUGGUCUGAUUUGAACGCAUACAGAAUAAAUAAGAAUGGCACUCACAACCAAAACAGACCAAUUGUACCACUUCUGAUUUUAUGUGUAAAAUUAUUUUGCUUAAUAAAAUGAUCAUAAACAUA